AUGGGCGAGCUUGCAGACUACCUCAUCAAGAACGACCCAAGCUUUAGCAGGUCACGAUUACCAGCCCGAUACUCCGACUUUCGAUCCCAGCGCACCUUGAACCCCGAUGGUUACCAAGCCAACAUCUCUGCCUGGCGCCAGGCCCUCUCUGAUCUUGUCGCAAAGGGCAUGAUAUCACACCGCGGGUCAACUCCUGACCACUUCGUCCUCAAACUCGACGACUCGCUGCUCCGGUCAUUGGAGCACAAAGAAUUCGGGCAACCUCUCGCACUUGGAACAGUAGUCCGCGAAUCGACCGCUGGUCGAGACUUCAUACCUUUCAACGACUUCGAGAAAUCCCAACAAAGUAUAUAUCAGAGCAGCUGGGCAGGCUUACCAUGGAGUGUUAUGAGCUGGACUUUGCGACAGCUGGGCGUCAUCGACCCCUCUAGAGGAGACGAUAAGCUGCCAACCGGCCAGUAUGUCGUUAUCAAGAAUAUGGAAACUGCUGCGAAGGAGUUGGGCGAUCUGAUGGCGGAUAAGGUGUCAAGAUUUGACCGCGUUUUCAGCAGGGCACAGUUCCAGAAGGCGUUUUCUGCGGCUCUUGUUAAGGAUCAGCGCUUGACAGAUAACGAUCUGGAUGUGCUGCUGAAAUUCUUGUCGCGAGAUAAGGAGGUUAUUGAUUACGACGGAAACACGAUUAGGAUCAAGGGCUCUGGGGAGCAAGGCGGCAUCACAAAGGAAGAUGCUGCGAUUGCAUCUCUUAAAGAGCUUACGGAAAGCCUCAAGCAUCAAACCGACCUCCUUAAUACGCGAAUAGACGAACUCGCACAAACAGCCAAAGAUGCCGUCACUCGCAAAAACCGCGUCGCAGCCCUUGCAGCGCUCAAGUCCAAGAAGAUCGCAGAGGCUUCUUUGGCUACCCGGUAUUCCACCCUCAACCAACUGGAAGAAGUCGCUGCGAAGCUUGAACAAGCCGCCGACAACGUGCAGCUCGUCAAUGUCAUGGAGGCUUCUUCCGGAGCACUGGCAAGCCUCAACAAGCAAGUUGGUGGCGCAGAUCGCGUCGAUGCAGUUAUGGAUCAGCUGCGCGAGCAGAUGAGCUCUACAGACGAGGUCAACGCCAUCAUGGCCGAGUCAACUGGCCAAGUGGUCGACGAGGAUGUGCUGGACGACGAGCUCGAGGCCAUGGAGGCCAUGGAGCGCGAGAAGGAAGAGGAGAAGCAGAAGACGAAAGAGGCCGCAGAGGAGAAAGCUCGCGAGGCACGGGAGGCAGCCGAGGCACAAAAGAAACUCGACGAGCUUCCAUCUGUCCCCGCCGACACAGAAGAAAUUCGACACAAGGAGCAGACGCCCACUGCCGAGACUGGGAUUGCGAACCUGGCUAUAUAG